CAGCUCGUCUCCCCACCUUAGUCCACACAGCAUCACACAAUCCCACUCACCAACCGUCGAGCGCUCUAGCUAAUCGAGCCCCGAGAAGAAAGAACAAUGGCGGCCGCAGCGAAGGCGUCGUGGAUGGUGGCCAUGAGCGUGGGCGCCGUGGAGGCGCUCAAGGACCAGGCGGGCCUCUGCCGCUGGAACUACGCGCUGCGCUCCGUCCACCGGGCCGCCAAGGCCAACGCCCCCAGCUUCGCGCAGGCCAAGAAGCUGGCCCCGGCGGCGGAGCGGAGGCGGGCGGACAAGGCCGAGGAGGGCAUGAGGACCGUCAUGUACCUCAGCUGCUGGGGACCUAAUUAGUCAGUCAUGGGUCUCUUUUCUUUUCUUUUCCCGAUCUUCAGUGACAAAGCUUGGCUUGAGAUCAUUGCCGGUCGCUUCCCUUCCCUGAUUGUAAAUAUCUGAUGAUGAUGAUGAAAAGUUCUGCCACUUAA